AGGUAUGUAGGUAUAGGUAUGUAGGUAAAAUACUAUUUUUAUAAUUGAAUCUAGAAAUUGACAUCUUGAAAAAAAUUUCUAUUUUAUAAAAUACAAUAUGCAAUUUAUUAACAGGACCGGAUUUGCAACAACUAUUUUUUUUUUAAAAAUGGUUGCAUUAAUCAAUUUAAAACAUUGUAAACAAAAGCCGUUUUAGACACAGUUUGUUUUAAAAUUAAGUGCACGGUACUAUUUAGUAAUUAGUAUUUAUAUUUUAUACCAUGCGACUACGUUGUGCCGUUGUGGACGAGUAUCGUGUUUAACGUGAUAGUGCGAUACGAAUGAUACGAUUUUAAAAAUAAAUACGGUCAUUUCUUAUUAUUUUCAAUGUAUUGAAGAGUUCUAAGUAUUUUAGCAUCAAAAAGACACACAAGUACACAACUAAUAUUAUUAUUAAUAUAUUUGUAUUGUGUAUAGCUAAAAAUACUUGGGAUAUGGAAAUAAUGUCAAUAAACAAAUAAACUGGUUUACUGAUAAUAAAAAUCUAAAUUUAGGAAUCGUCAAUGACUAUUUUAAUAUUGAGUACGUUUACUACAUUUGAAUUGUAUUUAAUGAGUGCCGACUGCCGAGUAUCACAGUUUGUCAGUUUAACGUUUAACAGCAGACUGCAGACAGACGACAGUCAUUGGACACUGCUACUUCCAUACAGACAUUUAUGUCAGUUAUUACUAGUUACUACAUAACUUAUUUUAAAUUAUGGAGCAUGAAGGCUUUAUUUACGAUAACUUAGGAACCAAAAAAGGAAUAACUUAUUACAGAUGUGCAAGACGCGGUGGAAAUUUUUGUACAGGGACAGUGAAGAAGUUAAUUGAUGGCACAAUCGUUCCUAUAAAAUUGCAUAAUGGACACCAAAUUCAAAAUCCUAAUGAGACAUUGGUCAAAGCAUUCAGGGAAAUACUCAAAAGAAGAGCUUCAACAGAAAAUUUAGUAUUGAAGCAUAUUUAUGAUGAAGAAGCUAGGAGAAAUCCUGAAGCUUCUGGUCUUUACCCCUAUUCAACAGCAGAAUGUAUCAUGCGACUGGCCAGAAAAAAGUCUUUGCCAUCACUGCCCUCUUCAUUAGCUGAGUUGGCCAGUCUGUUUGAUGAAGGACAUUUGCGUCGAUAUUCUUGCUGUGAUGAAAUCAUGUUUAAGGGUUGUGUACAUGAUGUUGAUGGCCAAGCCACCAUGAUUUUUGCAUGUACUACUUUAUUACAAUUGAUUUUGUCUUCCAAUAUUGAAGAAAUUCAUGUCGAUGCCACAUUUAAGGUGGUGCCGUCGAAUAUGGGAAACCAGUUGUUAACCAUUCAUUCCAUGAUUGACAAUUAUUCUAUACCAAUAGUAUAUUGUCUCAUGGAGUCAAAGACAAGAAAUUCUUACAACUGUGUUUUUAAUUUUUUAAAAACCCAUUUGCUGCCAAAUUUCAAUCCAUCAAUCAUUAUUACUGAUUAUGAAUCUGCUCUUAGAGAUACAUUAAUAUCUAUUUUUCCAACUGCGCGAACCACAGGUUGUUGGUUUCACCACAAUCAAGCAGUUUGGAGAAACAUGAGAAAAAAAGGAUUUUUAAUGUUAACUAAUACCAAUGAAUUUGCAUCAAAAGCACUUAAGAUGUUAUUUGCAUUGCCACUAUUACCAGCUGGUGACAUCCAACGUGGAUUUGACAUGGUUAGGAUGUUUGCUGUAAAUCAUGGAGUACCUAUGGGAAGUCUGUUUGAUUACUAUCAAAACUAUUGGCUCAGACAAGUAGGAUCAGAUAUUGUAUCUGUCAAUGGAUUACCAAGACGAACCAAUAAUUGUGUUGAAAGUUUCCACAAUACUUUGCGAAACAAAUUUAAUGUAGUUCACCCUAACUUGUGGAUAUUUUUAGAUCACCUUUGUCAUCUCAGUAUGAGUUUCCAUAAUAUUGUGGCUCAGCUGAAUAAUAAUUUACGUCCAACAAGAAACUACAGAGUUACUCAUAAAAAUUUAAAUAGGAUCCUACAUGCUUCUCAACAGUACUCUCUAGGGUUGAUAUCUAUGUGGCAGUUUUUGCAAAGAAUGUCUCAUGUUACAACCACCUACGAACAACAGCAACGUAAUUGGGUAUUGCAUGUGGACAAUGAACAGCUGCUAUUAGUUGUUCAACCAGUAGCUGCUGCUGCUGCACCAGUACCAGUAGCUGCUGCUGCUGCACCAGUACCAGUAGCUGCUGCUGCACCAGUACCAGUAGCUGCUGCUGCUGCACCAGUACCAGUAGCUGCUGCUGCACCAGUACCAGUAGCUGCUGCUGCUGCACCAGUACCAGUAGCUGCUGCACCAGUACCAGUAGCUGCUGCACCAGUACCAGUAGCUGCUGCACCAGUACCAGUAGCUGCUGCUGCUGCACCAGUACCAGUAGCUGCUGCUGCUGCACCAGUACCAAUAGCUGCUGCUGCUGCUGCACCAGUACCAAUAGCUACUUUGUCAGCACUAGGAUCUGUUGCUGGGGUACAAUUUGUACCAUCUCAAGUAAUUCUACCGCCAAUUCAGUUACGCCAUCCAGUAUUAGGUAGUACACAGAGACCUCCUGUUGAAUUACCUGAAAAUGGGAGGCUAGUAGAACGUGAUCACCCAUACCACAUACAAGAAAAUGGGAGACAUCGACAGAGGAGACAUAGAGUAGAAGGAGGUAGACGACACGAAUUUAAUGCUGCCCAAGCAUGGGAACAAUUUUUUGAAGAAAUCGACCAUAACAAUUCUAUUGAUAUGGAGCAAGGUUUUACAACGCAUGAGCAGCAACCACAUAGAGAAGAAGAAAUUCUAGAGGUGUGCAUAAUAUGCUAUAAUGAAAUUUCUACAGUGAGUGUAAUACCCUGCCAGCAUCAUUUUUGUAGAGGAUGCAUCGAAAGGUGGAUGCAAGAGGGUGCAACAUGUUGUCCAUUAUGUAGAACUAAUAUCAUUAGACUACAAAAUUAACCUCAAGAAAAGAAAAGACUAAACUACCAGAAGCUUCAGUAGUUGUAUAUAAUAUUAUAAAAUAAAUCAUAUAAAGUAUUGUUUGUCACAUAAUUACUUUUCUUGUUUUAUUUUCAAUCUUACACAGUAUAGUUGUAAAAUC